AAUUAAAAAAAACAAUUUGUUACCAGACAAAACGAAACUUGAAAAUGAUGAUGCUUUUCAACAGGAAGCCAAGCGGAGCCUCUCCUUCAUCUUCUCCAGUCAUGGCUUCUUUCUCGGCUCUCUUCCAACCCCAACUCCACCCCUUCCCUAACCCUAACACUAAUCUCAUCCACAGGUACACCAUUCCUCUGCGCACCCAAACCCUAACCACCUCCUCCGUCCCUCACUCAACCCCCAACUCCGAGACCAACCAAACUUCAUCCCCCUCCUCGGCACCGCCUCCUCAAUCUCCAGAACCUCCUUCUCCGAAGAAGUCCUUCGCUGUGGCCACGGGCGAGCUCUUCUUGGGUUUGGCGUCUAGGAUAAUCAAGCGGCCCAAUGGAGGCCCAGACGGCAAGGCGGCCUCGUCGGUCGCCAUGUUUGAGAGUUCUGGGAAGAAUUACUUGGACGAGAGAAUUGGCAAGGUGAUGGAGGAUGAGAUUGAGCCAGAUGUUGUUUGGGAGCAGCGCGUUAAGGAUGUGGAGGCUGAGAAAGAACGGCGUGUGGUUACUAGUCCCGGCUUUAGUUUUUCUGCUGCGGGGCUUCUUUUCCCUUAUCAUCUAGGCGCUGCUCAGUUCCUUAUUCAAAAUGGUUAUAUCAAGGAAACCCGACCAUUAGCUGGUUCCUCUGCAGGUGCCAUUGUCUGUGCUGUGAUUGCCUCUGGAGCCAGCAUGGAAGAGGCCUUACAAGCUACCAAAAUACUGGCUGAAGAUUGCCGGAACAGAGGGACUGCAUUUCGACUUGGGGUAUUUCCUUACUCUUGUAUCUCAACUCAGUAGUAGUGCAUUUUCUUCUGUUGCAGACUUGUGAUGCGUCUCGAUCAAGUAAAUUUAAUUUCUUUAUUUUUGAGGGUAUCAGUGAACUUAAAGAAAAGAUUAUCCCUAAUUGCAGCUAUAUGUCAGAAGCUCAUCCUGAUAAUCUUGAUGAUGAAGUUCAUUGAUUUCAUUUU